CAAGCUGUCGCAGAAAUGGCUCCAGUGAUCGAAAUCGUAAGUGACCGAGUGACCCUUGGUGAGGGCCCCCAUUGGGACGAGCCCACACAGACCCUUUACUACGUGGAUAUUUUCGGGCAAGCAAUCCACAAAUAUGUACCAUCGACUAACACUCAUACUAAAGUUGUGAUAGAAGGUGGUCCUGUGACCAUGGUAAUACCAGUCGAAGGGACCGCUGAUAAGUUUCUGAUAAGCAUUGGCCGAAAACUGGUCAUUGUCACUUGGGACGGCAUUAGUGACAAAAUUUCAGAUUCCGAGCUUUUGAUCGAAGUUGAGAAUAAAGCUGGGUAUUUUAAUAACCGAUUCAAUGAUGGUAAAGCAGACCCCAGUGGCAGAUUAUGGGCUGGUACCAUGGGUCCAGAGCCUGAAAUUGGGAAGCUGGAGAAGGAAAAAGGAGCUUUAUAUACAUUGGUUGGGAAACACCAAGUCAAGACUCAUUUAACCAAAGUCAGCAUUGCUAAUGGUCUAGCUUGGGACUUGGAGUUGAAGAAAAUGUAUUACAUUGAUUCACCCAGGCGCACUGUGGACGAGUAUGAUUAUAACAUCGAAAAAGGGGAAAUUUGUAAUCGAAAAGUUGUGUUUAAUUUGGACGUUCACAACAUUCCUGGGGUCCCAGAUGGCAUGACCAUGGACACCAAUGGGAAUCUAUGGGUGGCGGUCUUUGAUGGUGGAUGUCUACUCCAUGUCAAUCCCAGAACGUCUGAAUUACUUAACACGAUUAAUUUUCCAGCGCGACAGAUAACAUCGGCCGCCUUUGGGGGCCCAAAUCUGGACGAACUGUACGUAACAAGUGCCCAGUUGAUCGUCAAAGGAGUGAAGCAGCCCCAUCCUGCUGGAGCCCUUUUUAAAGUUACCGGAUUAGGGGUUAAAGGAUAUCCCAGUGUUAAAGUUAAAAUUCCGUAAUUUUGACUUAAUUCGUUUUCCGAAAUAAAAAGUUUAGA